AAUCAAUAUAGGCAGCCCUAGAGGGAAAAGAAAAGCAUACACAGAAACGAGAAAUACGUCGCGGAGGAGGCAGGCAUAAUGAAGCGCCACCAUGUCUAAGGCCACGGUGAAGAAGCUGCACUGGCGCUCCAAGGUGCAGGAGAGCUUCGUGCCGCUGGGCGGCGGCUCGGGGGAGCUGGGCGUGGCCAUCGGAGGCGGUGCUGACUACGGAGAGUUUCCAUUUGUCACAGCAGCACCGGGGGGAGGGGCUACGGUUGGCGACGUCAUCUUGGAGAUCGGGGGCACGCCUGUCCUGGGGAUGACCCUGGGAGACGUGAGAGGGGUCCUCAACUCCUGCCCCCACCCCAUCCGCAUCAAAACUGUCUCUCCAGGUUCUACGCUGUGUAAGGACCUGAGGUUGUAUCUCAGUAAGUGCUUCACUCCUGGCUCCAUGGACAGCCAGCUGCAGCAGGUUAUCAGGGAGAAUCUGUACCUGCGCGCCGUGCCCUGUACGACGCGGCAGCCCCGUGAUGGAGAGAUCUCUGGGGUGGACUACAACUUUGUCUCCAUCGAGGAAUUCUUCUCCCUGGAGGAGUCUGGAGCAUUGCUGGAGAGCGGCAAGUUCAAGGGGAACUACUAUGGAACACCACGACCAGUCCACAUUGGCCCAGAGAGCCCACCAAUCACGUACCAGGAGCACCGCAACCUGCUCCGGAACUUUAGAACACGCAGCAAGUCUCUUAGCAACCUGGAGAAGGCUGUGGAAGAAGGGGAGAACAGUGAGGAGGACUCGGGCCUCUCAGCAGGCUCGGUGGGAGCUGGCAGUGCGCCCCCUGCUGGCCUGCCCCUCAGCCAGUCAUGGGAGUCGGGGGUCAGGGACGCCAGCGGAGCGGAGAACGGAGCCAGCAGCACGCUCAGCAGGGCGGGCAGCACCAGGGGGGGGGCGCUGCCCCAGAACUGGGAGCUCGCCUUCAGCGACUCAGGAGAACCAUACUACAUUGAUCAUAACUCCAAGACCACCAGUUGGUUGGAUCCCAGGGCUCAGAGCAAAGAGAUCGUCAGCAAGACAGAGUUGCCUGAGUUUACAGACCAGCCAGCAGAACUGAAGGGCUAUUCCAUCCACACGCGUCUGUCGAAGGGCCCUCGAGGGUUUGGCUUCAACAUCGUAGGAGGCAGCAGGCCCAGGGAGUUCUUACAGGUGUACAGUGUUACACCAGGAGGACCCCCCGCACUCAACACAGCUGAUCUCCUGGUCUACAUCAACGACAGCUGCGUCCUGGGUCUGUCCCACAAGGAGGUGGUGGAGAUGCUCAAGUCUGUCCCCAUGGGCCACAGCGUGGACGUGGUGCUUAGGCGGGGCUACCCCAUGCUCUACAACCCAGACGGCUGCCCUAAAAAGGCCCCCGACCCCGCCUCAGCCUCGGCCUCGGCCUCCUCCUCCCAGCCCUCCACCCCCGCCGAGGCCCCCCACCCCCCCGGUUUGGCUAAUCUCAACCGCGCCCUCCCAAUUCACCACCAACACAACGCCAACUAUUUCAGAGGGGGAGGAGCCUCUGGGCUGGAUGCCAAUGGGAAUGCGGCCUUGGCCCCUCCCUCUUAUGCUCCUCUGACCAAUGGGCUUCCUGGGCCUGGCCCAGGCUCCUCCCACAGCAGGGGUGUGCCCCCCCCUCCUCCACCAGAAAGGUCUUCAGCCAGUCAGAGUGAUUCGGAUGGUGCCUCAGCGGGUGGCAGUCACAGCAGGUCGUCUCUGAUUCGCUACAACAGCAGCACUCUCCCCGCCCAGAGCUCCAAGUCGUCAGAGAGUGACCUCUCCACCAUCGCCCUGCCCAUCUCCAAACUCCCCCUGUCCCAGCCUGAGACUGGCAGCUCCACGCCCCCCGGGGGUCCCUGCCAGCGCCCCCCUAUGCCCCAAACCUCCCUCACUCUCAGCCCCCCCACUGAAGUGCCCCCAUGUGGCUUUAACGGUUGCCCUGCCAACAACCACCCUCCCAGGGGGAACUCCAGCACCCUGCCCUCCCCAGGGUCCAGCUCUGGGGCCGGGGCCGGGCCUGGGGUCGGGCCUGGGGUCGGGCCUGGGCCUGGGGAGCUGGUGCCCGUAGCUUUGGGCAGGAGCGAGGGCGGGGGGAUGGGCUUCAACAUGACAGCAGGGGGGCCGGGGGGGCAGCUGGCCCUGGUGAAGAGGGUGUGGGACAGGAGGCAGUGCCCCUCCCUGCAGCCAGGGGACACCAUCGUCAAGAUCAACGGAGCGGACGUCCAGGGCCUCAGCUUCACACAGGUCCAGAGAGUUCUGCAGGACCACACCAAGCAGGGAGACGUGGUGCUGCUGGUCUACAGAGGGGGAUCCCACUCGCUUGUCUCCCCCAACCUCUACAAAUCCCCCUCUUCCCCCUCUUCCCCCCCUGGCCCCCCUGGCCCCCCUGGCCCAUCAGGCCACGCCUCCUCCGACAUGCCUUCCUCAGCCUCAGAUGCCUUGCUGACCCCCCAACCUCACCCUAACCCCAACCUCCACCCCCCCGGGAGCCUGGCCCCUCCCACCCCGGCCGCAGACCCGCCCUCCCUGGUCCAGAGCACCAGCUUCCUGGACUCUGUCCCUGUUACCCUGACGCUGGAGCCCAGGGACUGGCAGGGCGUGGAGGAGAGUGCCAGGGGUCCCCCCCCCUCCAGGAGCUCGUCCCUGGGGGCCGUGGCUAAAGGACAGGUGGACAGCCGUGGAGGGCCGAAGACCCUGGAGGUGGAGCUCAGGAGACGACCUGGGGAGGGCUUCGGAUUUGUCAUUGCCUCUCAAGACGUGGCCAAUGGUGCCUCAUCCAUGCUGUCUCACCGCUUUGUGACGGUGCGCCGGGGCAGCCCUGCGGCGCGGAGCGGCCACAUCCAGCCAGGGGACCAGCUGGAGGCUGUGGAGGGGCGCUCCGUGGUCACUCUGCCACACAGAGACCUCGCCCAGAUCCUCCGCCGUGCGGGAAACACACUCCGCCUCACCAUCAUCCCCCGAUCACACACCAACCCCUCCACUGUAUCAGAAGCUGCAGAGCUGGACCCGGAUGGCAGGGUCAGGAAAGGUCACAGGGGCAAGGCAAAGGAGUCUAAAUUCUACAGUGUGGAUCUGGAGCGGGGGCCCACUGGUUUUGGUUUCUCCCUGAGGGGGGGCAGUGAGUACAACAUGGGGCUCUACGUGCUGGGCCUUAUGGAGGGGGGGCCUGCCUCGCGCUCACACAAGAUCCAGGUGAGUGACCAGCUGGUGGAGAUCAAUGGGGACAGUACGGUGGGGAUGACCCACAGCCAGGCAGUGGAGCAGAUACGCAGGGGGGGGCACCGCAUCCACCUGGUCCUCAAGAAGGGCAACGGUUACGUCCCUGACUACGACCAUGAGUCCGGGGCCGUCGCCUCCUCCCCCUCCUCCCACCCAGAGGAGUCGGGUGUGGAUCCAGUAACCUUAGAUAAGAGUCGCUCGCUGCCCAGGUCCAGACCCAGCACUGACCUCGGGGAGGCCAGGGGAAGGGGGCGGAGGAGGGGGAGGGAUAGGGAACAGCGGAAGCAAUCCCAGAGUUUACCCAGGAAUGCAUUGCGACGCUGGGACAAGGAGAUCGGGGUGGAGGAGAAGAGAGUGGAGGAAAGGAGGCAGACAGACAGACAGAGGUCCAAGCCAAGUAGGGAAACUCGGAAGAUGGAAAGGGAGAGGGAGAGAAAGAAAGAUAGAGAAAGAAAUAUGGACAGAGAGAGAGAGAAAGAACAGAUACACCUCCCCGUAUCCAAUAAGAUGCACCCUAAGGAUGGGAAAGCAGGCGAAAGGGGCAGGGUGAGUGGACAGGAGGAGAUGGAGGCGGGGCCUGAUCCCCAGAGGUUGAACCCAGAGGCGGAUGCUGCUGCAUCAGUGGAGAAUGCUGGAAUUUCUGGACAGAGAACCAAUCAGAAAGCUCUGUUCUCCUUCCUCAUGCCCUUGGAGGUGGAUCAAUCCGAUGCAGAGUCCCUGGCCAGCCUAUCAGAAGUCAGCAUGUCUGCGGCGAGCAUCGCAAGGUUAGGGGAGUGGCGAGACCCCUGGAGUACCUCGUCGUGGCAACCCUCACAUGCACCCGGACCCUGGCUAAAGCCCAGCCAGCAGAAACUGUCUCAGGUCCUACAGGGGAGCCAUCCGAUUGGCCGACAGGGAGGACUCUGUCUCUAAUUGGCUGGCAGUUCCUAACGUCUGUCAUCGAAUAGGAUGGCUGGCUCCUCCCCCCACACUGCGGAACAUAACAGGACUGAGCUUGCUGAUGACACACCCCUGCUAUACACAUCCCGCCUUUUAACCUCUGACCUCAACCCUCCAAAUCCCACCACAGUACGAUUCUGUAUCUCCAUGGUCAGUUCUAUCUGUUAGUGUGUAAAUCCUCAUCAAUUGUGAUAAUAAGUGUGUAUUAACUUCAUUAUCAUGAUCAACGUCCUCAUAAUCACCAUCUCAUCUAUCUAAAAUGGAUAUGCAAGUAAUCUUAACAACUGCAUCUAACCCUUUUGUUCAAACUUUACAAACCAAAAUACAGAGCGCUAGCGCCUACUACAGGAGGUUCCUCUGUAGAAACCAGCCUGGCAGCUGCCCAGGCCACUAACUAGUUAAACUAGUAUAAUAAUGAUAUUGGUUUCUAAUAUACUUUUGCAUGAAAAUAUUAUUUAGAUGGCUUCUUUUUUUAUUUUUAUAUAUAUCUAUGGAGCUCAAUAUAUAGAGACUAUAUAAACAAGAACGAAUGGUUAGGUGAUAUUUCUUCUCCUUGGUGGUCAUGACGGUAGCGUCCCUCCCUGUAACUCUGCUGGACAGUGCUGUGGUGUCUGCUAGCAGUGGACAGCAGCUGGAUGUGAACUGGUCAGGCCUCCACAGGUGCCUUCUGCCUCUGGACACCACAUGGUUGUUUGGUCACCGACUGGAGGUAUGGAGAAUGUGGCUACUACUCUACAAUGUGGUGUGACAAUGUGACGUUGUAGGCAAUGCUUAUGGUGCACCCCUACAACACGGCUUAGGUGUUACAUUUCUAAAAAUGGCCAUGAGGAGGCAGUGUCACAGCCACUGGGUCAGCAUCGGGCUUAGCGGAGAGAUAUCACCAUCUGUUGGAGUGAUUUAUCGACUGAGGUAUGAUAAAGUAUAUGGUUUGACUGGCGUGAGAGAGUGAAUGAUACAUUCACAUAAAGUGCCUCAUUAUCAUAUUUUCUUUAGUCAGAGACGCCACCCCCAUCUUGAAAGAUGUCCAAUCAGAGCACUGGAUUUUAUUCACCCAGAAGCCUCUGAAUUAACUCCACCCACAUACAUACUGUACAGAACACUAUUGUGCCGUGCUGCACUUCAGAACCUUCACACUGUCCUGCUGCUCUAGGAGGUGCACUACCCCCCAGCAGCCAGAAGGGGGGGCUGCUGGCAGUUCCAUCAGUGUUUAGUGUGCCGUAAUACCUAUCAGAGGAGUUCCCCUGAAGGUGGUCCAUAAUAUAACACUGGACACAAUCCUUACCAUAGCCAAAACCUUUUUUUUAACUAUAAACGUAGCUGGCCACUCCAGUUAAAGUCAACUUCAGAAAUGUCUUUUUUGAAGCAGUAGGACUUUUACUGCAUGUGAUGUUUCACCUUUCAUCUCCAUGUUUUUGCAUGUGAAUCAUGACACACACUCACAUGCACAGCCUCUUAAUCUUGAAAAUCCUCUGUCCAGUUGGCCCUUUGCUUACCUGUUACUCUAUCACAAUUACACACGGCUGACUCCAUCAGGGGACUACAAGGGCAUUUUGAUACUGGUCGUCUAUGCAUUUUAUAAAGUCUGUUUUUGUUCUUAUGGAGGAGGAAGAGGAGGACUACUGUGGUGGUGUUAGGACAUAGUACUGUAUGGAUAUGGACAUAGUACUGUAUGGAUAUGGACAUAGUACUGUAUAGAUAUAGUACUGUAUGGACAUAGUACUGUAUAGAUAUAGUACUGUAUGGACAUAGUACUGUAUGGAUAUAGUACUGUAUGGCCAUAGUACUGUAUGGAUAUAGUACUGUAUAGAUAUAGUACUGUAUGGACAUAGUACUGUAUAGAUAUAGUACUGUAUGGACAUAGUACUGUAUGGAUAUAGUACUGUAUGGCCAUAGUACUGUAUGGAUAUAGUACUGUAUGGCCAUAGUACUGUAUGGAUAUAGUACUGCAUCCUUGUGUACAGGGCUAUACCUGAACACUACCAGAGUCCUAAUUUGAUCCUAAUAUUGACACUAGUUACAAGGUAUCUGACUUGACUGUAGUGUGGACCAUGCAGGGUUGGGGCAGGACAGUUUAAAUUCAAUUUAUUCAGAAUAGUAAAGAAUUAGAAUAACAAAUAUAGGAAAUAAAAAUAACUAAUCCAUAAAAACUUGAUUAGUAAACACAGAUUAAACUAAAGUUUAUUGUCAUAAAUCCACAACAGUAUUAUUCAAAACAACUUUAUUAUGCAUCUGAAAUAUAAAUUGAUGGAUGGAUUGAAGAGAAACUGACAGUAGCCCCUACCCUGGUGUUCCAGGUAGAGAGAAACUGACAGUUAGCCCCUACCCUGGUGUUCCAGGUAGAGAGAAACUGUAGCUAUUUAUGCACCAAAUGUUUACCUCGUGCCCCUCUGAGCAAUAAAAGCCAUUACAUCUCCACCUCUGCUAUGUACAGUCAGCACCACGUAGCUUCCUGUAGGAGUGCUGUGUUCCAAAAAGCAGGUUUACACAGUUAGCUAACUGUCAGCUAUCAGAUCAUUGACUGUAUUUCAUGGCGUAAGUAAGAAAAAGUUCAGAAUAUAAGCUGGAAUAUGUUAGUUUAGAAUAGUUAAUUAUCUGAAGGAGUUAUUUACCAAAAUAGAUGAGCUGAAUAUUUGGAAAGCAGACCAGCUGACACACUGAUCCAGCAUUGCGGACUGUCUGAGUACAGACACAUAGUAAACAGCACAGGGACACGUGCUAGGAAAACCACAGCCAGCUCUAUCUGCUUCAGCAGACCAGUCACAAUCAACACUCCUGUGGCUUCAAGCCUACAUAUCCUAAGGCGCUUUCUCACUUUACUUUUAGAACAUGUUUUGGAGCUACCACUGCGGAAUAUUAUGACCUAGAGAAAUGGUGAAAUAUUGUCAACUGUCAUAUCAGAAUUGUACCAAAAACAAGGACCGUUGACUUCAUUAUUUGUUUCUUCUUCUGUAUUGUUCUCUGUACACUACAGUUGUAUUAUAGAAAACAAAGUGCUGUUUGCAUGUGAAAGUGUCACUGGAGGCCUCUGCUUCAUUGUUUACGUAUUUGUGAGGGGUCCUCAGUAAUGGUGGACACAUAUGGUCCUCAGUAAUGGUGGACACAUAUUGCUGACUGUGGCUUUAGAGAGUACCCUAAACCAGCCUUUGAGUCCAGGACAUUAAAGGGCAUUUGGGUCAGUUUAUCAUGUUCAUAGUGUAUUUGAUGCAAAACAUUUUAUAAAAUGACCAUGUUAAAUGCUAGGCCAUACAGAGAGUAGGGCAGAGAGUAGGGCAAAGAACAAAACAUAAAGAAACUAUACUAAAAAUAAAAUUGGGGUGGUUUUGUUUUCACCUCUAAAGCCAAACAGCUCUUGAAUCACAAUGCUGAGCUUUAAAUGCACAACAGGCAAACCAGUGAGUACACUGGUGAGUAGAUGUAGGAAACCUAUAGGUCAUACUGUUGGUCACUGGGAGCAAGAUCUUAAUGGUUUGGCCCAGGAGUGUAGACUAGACUAGAUCAGACAUGUAUUUGAACGUUUUAACGAUGCAUUUGGUUUAUACAGACUUUUCACUGUUGGUACGUGCUCCGUCGGUCUAACCGCACUGGGGAUAACUAAAAAAAGCAUGCCUCAAGUGUUUGAUCCAGAUCUGGACCCAGGUCUGGACCAGAAGUCAAUGAUGAUAGUGUUUUGGCAGAGGCACAAUCUAGAGAGCCUUUCACCCUGGAGCACACAUCGGCACAUCUUGCUUAAGUCCACCGUUUAUGCAAACCUGAGCAUGAAAGCUAGUGGACUUUGACAGGGCUAGUUUGGUGUAGAUGGACCCUGGCCUAGUCUACCCUUAUCCUAGGUCUAGUGUGAAAGGCCCUUGGAACAGCAUCAGGGCUCUACAUAUGUAUACUCAGUGCUCUAAGAAUUCUUAAUGUCAAUGUAAAUUGUAAAUAUGACUAAGCAGAAAGUGAUCAAACAUGCCUUGACUAAAAGAUCAUAUCAUAUACCACUGACAACAGCCAUGCAAGGAGAUAGAGCUGCAGCUUCACAGUGGGGAGAGCUUGGAGGCUGAUCAGAACACGGCUCACUCUUGUCUCUAGCCAUUGUAACAGACUUGGUUUGGUGCCUAAACAUUUGUUAUUCCCCCGAGGCCACGUUUGGGCUUUAGUUUGGUGGUCUAACUCGGCUUGGUGUUGUGCAGAAGAACCGUGGUUGGGUCACAUCUGCGUAGGAUUUAUAUACAGACAAAGAGCAUCAGACUGAUGUUGGCUUUAGCUUAGGGGCCAAUAGUCUCGUUUUUUGGACAGGAAGAUAGUGGCCUGCCAAAGUUUCUUUUCUUUUUAUUUCAGGAUUGAGGUCCUGACCCAUUUUCACAGCUAGCUUAUGUAGCCAUUGUUUCUCAGUUGUAUGCCCUUGUGAAGCCCAAGUCUCUGAUAGAAUGUACAUACAGUAUUUACAGUACACAUGUAACAUAUGUACAGGUUUUUAAUUGUUGCUCUUGUUAUGAAUAAUACUAAUUAUAUUGUAAGGUUUCUGAAUGCACCAACAGGGAGUUUUGACAAAUGAGUUCUAAUGACUUGCAGUU